AUGGGUAGAAAAGGCACAACAAAUUCAGUGACUGAUGAUAUGGUGACGCAGCCAGUAUUAUCGAAACCCCCAUCUUUACAAUAUAGUUUAAGUUCAUUGAGCUCACAGAUAUCGAAAUGGAACGCGGCAUCGAGACCGACGUCACCAAAUAGAAGCCCUACGAAGAUUACUCCGAAUAGAAAAGAAGAAGAGUAUUUGCCUUGGUAUGAGCAGUAUCAACCUCGUACGUUGGAUGAAGUUGUCAUCCAUAAGAGGAAAUUGAAAGACGUUACUGAGGCGCUGGAAAAUAUGUUAAACGGUAACUCAGAUAGUAGAAUCCUCUUGUUAACCGGACCCAGUGGUUGUUCCAAGAGCACAGUAGUAACCAAACUAGCUGAUUUUUUGAUUCCAAAGUAUAGAAAUUCCUAUGGUAUGCGUACAACUCUUCGGAACAGGGAAAAGACGAAUGUUGUUGAAUAUGGGAAUGAUUCGAUCCUGAAUGGUCAACCACAGACGGAAAGUUUUGCAGAGUUUUUAAGGCAAGCUAAGUAUAGAAUUGGCUCCAACUUGUCACUGAUAUUAGUAGAGGAUUUACCUAAUGUGUUUCACUCAGGAACGCGGUAUUCAUUCCAAAAUAUUCUCUUGGAAUGGCUAUACUCAUCAGAUGAAACAUUACCACCUUUAGUUAUCUGUCUAACCGAAUGUGAGCUUGAGAACGAUUCCAAUACGUUCAACACUUUCAAUAUAGAUUCUACGUUUACUGCAGAGACGAUCUUAGGUAAGCAAAUACUGUCACAUCCCAGAUUGAAACGAAUAAAAUUUAAUCCAAUUAACAUGACAUUAAUGAAGAAGCAUCUCAUGAAAUUAUGCAGCAAGAAUCAAUCUCUCCUGGAGCAAAACAAGAAAUGGUCUCAUCGGACUGAAUUUGUGACGCAUUUAUGCAGUAAUUGCGGGGAUAUAAGAUCAGGUAUAUCUGCCUUAGAGUUCUGGGCGAAAUCGAGGCAUUCGAUACCGUUAGAGACCAGAGAACAAUCCAUUUCGUAUUUCCAUGCAAUUGGUAAAAUUAUUUAUGGUUCCCAUGAUAUUAGAGAUGAUCAUGAGAUGAUAAAUUCUUUAAUUUUGGGCUCGAAGGGACUAUUGGGGAAUGAUACGUUUAAACUGGGAUUAUUGGAGAAUUAUGGAUCAUUUAAUAUGGGUAAAUUUGAUGUUAAGAUUGCUGCACAGUUAACAGAUGCAUUUAGUGAAAGUGAUAUGAUGAAUCGAAGUUCUGAAUCAUUUGAAUAUACAGUGAGGAAGACUAGGUCAUUAUUUUCCACUUUAAAUGAUAAUAAUAAUCGUCAUGGUGGUACUAAUUUUCCUCGAGAAUGGAAGAUACGGAAAUCGAUAAAUGAAUUCAAGAUCGAAUCUAGUGAUUAUAUUAAUGUGUCACUGUAUAAGUAUAACGAAUCGCAUCAUUUUAAAGAUAUCAUUUUAGAAUAUGGGUUCUACGGGCCAUAUAUUAGGAGUUUGAGAAAUUAUAAGAAGAAGGCAUUGCAGCAUUAUAUUGAAAGUCUUUCCAAUGAUUUGAAGAAGCAAACUGCCAUUAUGGAUCAAAAUGAGGAUACUCUCAAAGUUGAUGAUUCUAUCGAUAUUCUUAAUCGUAUUGGUGGGAAUAUUAAAGCGGUUGGGACGGAACACUUGGCGACUUCAGAGGACGAUAGUGAGCAACAGAUAAGACGAUCGUUGGAUCAUCUUAUGGUGCAACGAGAUACCAAAUUAAAGAGACUUAUUGAAGCCAAAGAAGAACAAGAGUUACACGAGGAGGGAUUGAUAGAAGGUGAUGAUGAGUUGCUAUUAGAGGAUAGAAUCAUUGAUAGUGAUGAAGAAGACGAUGAAGAUGACUCGUUAUAUGACUUAUUAACGCAACAAGAACCACGUUCUAGUGCGGAUAUUAAUGAAUCACUUUCAGAUUCAGACCUAGAAGAAUUAGAUAGAUAG